UCUUGUGUGAGGGAGAGACGCAGUGAGAGAGUGUUGCCGUCCUCAUCCUCUGGAAUGCGUCAGCUCCUCUGACUUUAUCUGCGCAAAAACCAACGCACCGCUGGAUGCGCACUGGCGAGCAUUCUCCACAAAGCUACCAUGCGCAUUUAUUUAUAGCAGCUCAGGUCUGAGUUGAAGGUUUUUCAGUGACUGUUUCUUCCUCCUCGCACUUUUCUGCUAAACGUUUAUCCAGCAUUACCUGCCAGUGAAAGUGAAGCGCUCCUCUGUCGGGUCUGAGGCGAAUCUCCUGCACGGGAGACGAGCUUUGACUCCACUGCAGAGGUCGACGCGGCUGGGGAACGAGUGAGAGAGACUUUUAUUGCACCGAGCAGUGGAGUUUUCCAGGCUGCACUUCAGAGUGGAUAUGCCGGACAGUAAGUGUGGAGGAGCACGGCUGCAGCAGUUGGCCGUGGCCCUGGUGGCCUUGUUGUCGCUGUGCGCCGAGCUGAGGGACGCUGCUGAGGUGGUGGUGGUGGACACCGGGGACACCGGGGACAGCGAGCUGGUUACCAAGCAGACCCAGAGCAGGGCCAAGAGGAGAGGAGGCUCAGACGUCCUCAGAGGACCAAAUGUGUGUGGCUCGAGGAACAACGCCUACUGCUGCCCGGGUUGGAAGACUCUGACGGGAGGAAACCAGUGUAUUGUUCCGAUCUGCCGGAGUUCAUGUGGAGAUGGUUUCUGCUCCAGACCCAACAUGUGCACCUGUCCCAACGGCCAGAUCGCAGCAUCCUGUGGAUCCAAGUCAGUCCAGCACUGUAAUAUUCGUUGUAUGAACGGGGGAACAUGUGCUGAGGAUAACUGCCAGUGUCAGAAAGGCUACGUGGGAAACCACUGCGGUCAACCGGUUUGUGAAAAUGGCUGCCUUAAUGGAGGAAGGUGCGUGGCUCCCAACAGAUGUGUCUGCACCUAUGGCUUCACCGGGGCUCAGUGCGAAAGAGACUAUCGCACUGGGCCGUGUUUUGCCUCCGUGAAUAACCAGAUGUGUCAAGGCCAAAUCUCAGGCAUCGUGUGCACAAAGACGUUGUGCUGUGCUACAGUGGGACGGGCAUGGGGUCACCCCUGUGAGAUGUGUCCAGCCCAGCCUCACCCCUGCAGAAGAGGGUUCAUACCAAACCAUCGCACUGGGGCGUGCCAAGAUGUGGAUGAGUGCCAGGCCAUCCCUGGCAUCUGUCAGGGAGGAAACUGUAUCAACACAGUGGGAUCCUUUGAAUGUAAAUGUCCCGCUGGGCACAAGUUCCACGAGGUCUCACAGAAAUGUGAAGAUCUGGACGAGUGUUCAAACAUUCCAGGUCUAUGCGGUGUAGGUGAAUGCUCUAAUACUGCUGGUAGCUUCUUCUGCAAGUGUCCCCAGGGGUAUCACUCCUCUUUGGACGGAUCCAGGUGUAUAGAUGCUCGUGGUGGCUACUGCUAUGCUAGUCUGCUGAACGGGCGCUGCGCCAAUCAAAACUCACAGCUGUUGACCAAAAUGCAGUGCUGCUGUGAUAGUGGACGCUGCUGGUCUGACGGGUCCACGCCUGAGAUGUGCCCCAUUCGUGCAACAGAAGAGUACCAGAAACUGUGUUUCCAGAUACCUGACGGGAACGGUGGAGUGCCCAUACCCGGUCGUGUCCCAGGGAGUCCCGACCUACCUGGCAUCUACCCACUUCCAUAUCCUGGUCAAACCCCUGGCCAGAUUCCUGGAGUGAUCCCUGGUCAAAUUCCCAUCCAGGUUCCAGGCCAGAUCCCGGGUCAGAUUCCAGGACAAAUUCCAGGACAAUAUCCAGGACAAUAUCCAGGACAAUAUCCAGGACAAUUUCCAGGACAAUUACCUCCAGGUCCUGUUAUCAUCCAAACCCAGAACAUCACCAACAUGUGCCAGGCCUACCGCAACCUCUGCCUGAAUGGCAGGUGCAUCCCCAUGCCGGGCAUUGGGUAUCGCUGUGAGUGCAACAUGGGGUUCAGGUUGGAUGGAAGGGGAGAGUGUGUCGAUGACGAUGAGUGUGAGAGAAACCCAUGUGCACAUGGAGAGUGUGUGAACACGCCUGGGUCUUACAUCUGUCAGUGUCCCGUUGGAUUCCAGACCACUGCCACCAGGACAGAGUGCCGAGAUCUGGAUGAGUGUGUGGCCAACGGUCGUAUCUGCAACAAUGGCCGCUGUGUGAACACUGAGGGCAGCUUCCACUGUGUCUGCAAUGCUGGAUUUGAAAUUACAGCAGAUGGCAAAAACUGUCAAGACCAGGACGAGUGUCUGAUCAGGAACAUGUGUCUCAAUGGACUGUGCAUCAACGAAGACGGCAGCUUCAAGUGCAUCUGCAAACCUGGAUUCCUCCUUGACAGCAGUGGACGCAUGUGUGUAGACAUCGAUGAGUGUGAGACUCCAGGUAUGUGCAUGAACGGCCACUGCGUCAACACGGAGGGAUCUUUCCGCUGUGAGUGUAUGGCUGGGAUGGCGGUGGGCCUGGAUGGACGGGUCUGUGUCGACACACAUAUGCGCAGUUCAUGUUAUGGUGGCUACAAGCGAGGACAAUGUGUACGACCUCUAUUCGGAGCCGUGACCAAGUCUGAGUGCUGCUGUGCCAGCACAGAGUACGCCUACGGGGAGCCCUGCCAGCCCUGCCCGCCACAAAGCUCUGCUGAGUUCCUGGCACUCUGCCCCAAUAGCAUCGGCAUAACCGGCGAUGGAAGAGAUAUUAACGAGUGCGCCCUCGACCCUGAAAUCUGCCAGAAUGGAAUUUGCGAGAAUAUGCUGAGGACGUACAAAUGCACCUGCAAUGAAGGUUUUGAAGUUGACCUGACGGGCAAAAAUUGUGUUGACAUUGAUGAGUGCGUGAUGAACAGACUGCUCUGUGACAACGGGCUGUGCAGGAACACACCAGGAAGUUUCACCUGUCAGUGUCCUAAAGGAUACCGCUUCAAUUCGGAGACGGAUGUCUGCGAGGAUGUGAAUGAGUGUGAGUCCAGCCCCUGUAUUAAUGGGGAAUGUAUGAACAGCCAAGGGUCCUUUGUGUGUUUGUGUUCAACGGGCAGUUCUUUGGACAGCACUGCUCUGGAGUGUAUAGAGACAACAAAAAGCACCUGCUGGCUGAAAAUAGUCAACAAUCGCUGUGAGGUCAACAUCAACGGGGCAACACUGAAGUCCCACUGCUGCGCCACACUGGGAGAGGCCUGGAACAGCCCUUGUGCCAAAUGUGAAAAAGAUCCAAUCUGUGGUAAAGGUUUUUCUCGAGUCAAAGGAAAUGUUUGUGAAGAUGUGGAUGAAUGUCAAGUGUUUCCUGGGGUGUGUAUCAACGGCAAGUGCAUCAACACACCAGGCUCCUUCUUCUGCCAGUGCCCUCCAGGAAUGACUGUUGAUGUCAGUGGCAGGACGUGUAUUGACCUGCGUACGGAGCAGUGUUACCUCACCCAUGAGGAUGAGCGCUGCGGGGCUCCCAUCCCAGGGAAGCACCGUGUGGAUGCCUGCUGCUGCUCCGUCGGCGUGGCCUGGGGCCCCGACUGUGACGAAUGUCCAGAAAAGGGCGGUCCAGACUAUACACGGCUCUGUCCUCGGGGCCCGGGCUUCUCACACAGGGGGGACUUCAUCAACGGCCGACCCUUCCUAAAAGAUAUAAAUGAAUGCAGGAUGAUAAACACCCUGUGCUCGAAUGGGAGGUGCAGAAACACCAUCGGCAGCUUCCGCUGUCGCUGUGACAACGGCUAUGCCCUGGACUCUGAUGAGCGGAAUUGUACUGACAUCGAUGAGUGCCGCAUCUCUCCGGACCUGUGUGGACAGGGGAGGUGUGUCAACACACCGGGAGAUUUUGAAUGCGAGUGCUUUGAAGGCUACGAGAGCGGCUUCAUGAUGAUGAAAAACUGCAUGGACAUCGAUGAGUGUGAGAGGAACCCUCUGCUGUGCCGUGGGGGCGAGUGUGUAAACACGGAGGGCAGCUUCCAGUGCGUGUGCCCCGAUGGACACGAGAUCGCACCAGACGGGUCGGCCUGUCUGGAUAUCAAUGAAUGCGAGUUGAGUGACAGGCUGUGCAGGAACGGCCAGUGUGUGAAUAUGAUCGGCCGAUACCAGUGUACCUGCGACACAGGAUACAAAUCUACUGAGAGCAGACUCGAGUGUGUUGACAUUGACGAGUGCACCAUUGAGUUUGGCGGCUGUGAGACUUUCUGCACCAACUCAGAGGGCAGUUAUGAGUGCAGCUGCAACAGUGGAUACGCCCUGAUGCCUGAUCUAAGGAGCUGCACUGAUAUUGAUGAGUGUGAGGAGAGCCCAGAUACCUGUGACGGAGGCCAGUGUACAAACACCCCGGGGACAUACCAGUGUCUCUGCUUCGACGGCUUCAUGUCAUCUGAGGAUAUGAAGACCUGUCUGGAUGUGGACGAGUGUGAGCUGAACCCAAACAUCUGUCUGAGCGGGAACUGUGAGAACACUAAGGGAUCGUUCAUCUGCCACUGCGACCUGGGAUACUCUGUGCGCAAGGGAACGACAGGCUGCACAGAUAUCAAUGAGUGUGAGAUUGGAGCCCAUAACUGUGACAGACAUGCUACCUGCACCAACACCGCCAGCAGCUUCAAAUGCAGCUGUGCUCCAGGGUGGAUCGGCGACGGCCUCAAAUGCACAGACCUGGAUGAGUGUUCCAAUGGGACACACAUGUGCAACAACAACGCUGACUGUCUCAACACCAUGGGCUCAUAUCGCUGUGCAUGCAAGGAAGGAUUCUCUGGAGAUGGAUUCUACUGUUCAGACAGCGAUGAGUGCGCAGAGAACGGUAACCUGUGUGAGAGUGGCCACUGUCUGAACCUGCCAGGAGGCUUCCGCUGUGAAUGUGACAUGGGCUUCUUCCCCACUACUGAUGGCAAAGCCUGCGAGGACAUAGACGAAUGUACCUUUUCUGACAUCUGUGUCAAUGGACGAUGUCUGAAUAUGCCGGGACUCUUCAGAUGUGAAUGCAACUUUGGUUAUGAACUGGACAGGAGUGGAGGCAACUGCACAGAUAUCAAUGAAUGUGCAGACCCGACCAUCUGCAUCAAUGGAAUGUGUAUCAACAUCCCCGGAAGUUACCACUGUAACUGCCCUGCAGACUUUGAACUCAACCCCACUCGGGUGGGCUGUGUAGAUACUCGCUCUGGAAGCUGCUUCCUGGAUGUUCGUUCCCGAGGAGAUGCAUCAGAAAGCUUGGACUGCUCCAAUGAGAUAGGAGUUGGUGUUUCGAAGGCGUCCUGCUGCUGCUCCCUGGGCCAGGGCUGGGGAAAUCCAUGUGAAUCAUGCCCCUUUGUCAACUCAACUGAGUACAAGACACUCUGUCCUGGAGGAGAAGGCUUCAGACCAAACCCAAUCACUGUCAUCUUGGAAGACAUCAACGAGUGCCAAGAGUUGCCAGGCUUAUGCCAGGGAGGACAGUGCAUCAACACCUUCGGGAGCUUCCAGUGCGAAUGUCCAAGAGGCUACGCCCUCAACACAGAAACCAGAGUCUGUGAAGAUGUCAAUGAGUGUGAACGACCAGGUAUCUGUGGCCCAGGACAGUGCUAUAACACCAUCGGGAACUACACCUGUAUCUGUCCUGUGGACUAUAUGCAGGUCAACGGUGGAAACAACUGCAUGGACAUGAGGAAGAGCUACUGCUACAGAAACUUUUAUACUGACAACAGGACAUGUGACGGAGAGCUGACCUUCAACAUGACCAAAAAGAUGUGCUGCUGCUCCUACAACAUUGGCCGGGCAUGGAAUAAACCCUGUGAGCAGUGUCCUGUGCCCAGCACUGACGAUUUUGCGAUUCUGUGCGGCAGUGAGAGACCAGGAUAUUACAUAGACAUCACCACUGGACGUGUCAUUGAUAUCGAUGAAUGCAGGGAAAUCCCAGGAGUCUGUGAGAAUGGAGUCUGCAUCAACAUGAUUGGCAGCUUCAGGUGCGAGUGCCCCAUUGGUUUCAUCUACAAUGACAAGCUGCUGAUUUGUGAAGAUAUCGACGAAUGUCAGAAUGGACCUGUGUGCCAGCAGAACGCCGCCUGUCUGAACAUGCCAGGAAGCUACCGCUGCGAGUGUAAACCUGGGUAUCGUUUCACUCCCACUGGACAAUGUCUAGACCGAAAUGAAUGCAUUGAGAACCCUGGUAUAUGCAACCCCGGUCAGUGCAUCGACACGCUGGGUAGCUAUCGCUGCGUCUGCUCCAACGGCUUUAAAACGACGGCGGACAGGUCAAUGUGUGUCGACGUGGACGAGUGUGAGAGACAACCCUGUGGUAACGGGACCUGUAAGAAUACAGUGGGCUCCUACAACUGUCUCUGCUACCCCGGCUUCCUGAACUCACACAACAGUGACUGCAUAGAUGUCGAUGAGUGUAUGACGCAGAGGGGCUUGUGUCGGAACGGCCAGUGCGUGAACACAGUGGGCACCUUCCUCUGCGUGUGCCAUGACGGCUACGAGCUGACUCUAGACGGCAGACUGUGUGCAGAUAUUAAUGAGUGUGCAGUGAAUCCAGGCACAUGCGGUGCAGGAACUUGUCUGAAUCUGGAAGGCUCUUACAGGUGUAUCUGCCCACCUGGCUACUAUCUGCAUGAGGAAACCUGUGAAGAUAUUGACGAAUGCUCCCAGUCACCUGAGAUGUGUACAUUUGGAACCUGCUCAAACACUGAAGGAAGCUUCACCUGCUUGUGUCCUGAAGGCUUCCAGAUCUCUGCCUCCGGACGUAGAUGUUUAGAUAUCCGUGUGAACUACUGCUAUACCAAGUUUGAUAAUGGCCGCUGCCUGGCUCCAAAGCCUCAGAACACUUCCAAGGCAGCGUGCUGCUGCACUGGAAUGCCAGGUCAAGGCUGGGGAGACCCCUGUGAAAUCUGCCCGAGCAAAGGAGAGGAGGGGUAUCGUCUUCUCUGUCCAAACGAGGGAUAUCAACAGGGGACAGACGACCACCCAAAGGAUAUUGAUGAAUGUGUCAACGACCCUUGUGUCAAUGGCCAGUGCAUCAACACAGACGGCUCUUUCCGCUGUGAGUGUCCAUUGGGAUACCACCUGGACAAUAGUGGAGUCAGAUGUGAAGACACUGAUGAGUGUAAAAUCGGCAAUCCUUGCCGCAACGGCACAUGCACCAAUGUGAUCGGUGGGUUCGAAUGUGCGUGUGAUGACGGCUUUGAGCCUGGGCCAAUGAUGACCUGUGAAGACAUCAAUGAGUGUGCCCAGAACCCUCUGCUGUGCGCCUUCCGCUGUGUUAACGUGGUUGGCUCAUAUGAGUGCAAAUGUCCCACUGGCUACGUUCUGCGCGAGGACAGGAGGAUGUGUAAAGAUCAGAAUGAGUGUGAGGAUGGUAUAGAUGACUGUGCCAGCAGGGGCAUGACCUGCAAGAAUCUAAUAGGUACAUACAUGUGCAUCUGUUCACCUGGAUUCACACGCCAGCCCAACGGAGAGGGUUGCAUGGAUCUGAACGAGUGUACAGCCAAACCAGGCACCUGUAAGAACGGCCGCUGUGAGAACACAGUUGGAAGCUACCGCUGCAGAUGUGACCAAGGUUUCGUCGCGAACCCCACACAGACUGAAUGUAUCGAUAACCGUGAAGGCUUCUGCUUCACUGAGGUCCUGACCACUCUGUGUCAGAUGACGUCGAGCAACAGGAACAUGGUGACCAAGUCAGAGUGUUGCUGUGAUGGAGGCAGAGGCUGGGGCACCAACUGUGAGCUGUGCCCGCUGCCCGGGACCACCCAGUACAAGAGGAUGUGUCCUCUGGGACCUGGAUACACCACUGAUGGCAGAGAUAUUGACGAGUGUCGUGUCAUGGGGAACUUGUGCAAGAACGGUCAGUGUAUCAACGCUUUGGGCUCCUACAACUGCAUCUGCAAACCUGGCUACACCACUGAUAUCAGCAGCACGCAGUGUGUGGAUGUGGAUGAGUGCAUACAAGCACCAAAGCCUUGUAACUUCAUCUGUAAGAACACGGAGGGAGGCUACCUCUGUUCCUGCCCCCGUGGCUACAUCCUGCAGGAGGAUGGAAAGAGCUGCAAAGAUCUGGACGAGUGUUCGACCAAACAGCACAACUGUCAGUUUCUAUGUGUUAACACCAUUGGUGGGUUUACGUGCAAAUGUCCCCCUGGCUUCACCCAGCAUCAUUCUGCCUGCAUCGACAACAACGAAUGUGCAUCUGAUCCUGGCUUGUGUGGCUCCAAUGGCGCCUGCCAGAACACGCCGGGGAGCUUCAACUGCGACUGCCAGCGAGGAUUCUCAUUAGAUCCCAACGGACAAAGCUGUGAAGAUAUGGAUGAGUGUGAUGGAAACCACAGAUGUCAGCAUGGCUGUCAAAAUCUGGUGGGUGGAUACAGGUGCAGCUGUCCUCAAGGCUACCUGCAGCACUACCAGUGGAACCAGUGUGUGGAUGAGAACGAGUGCUUGAACAGCCAGAUCUGCGGGGGAGCGUCGUGCCACAACACCCUGGGGAGCUUCCGCUGCCUCUGCCCCACUGGCUUCAACUACGAGCAGGCCGGAGGCUGCGCGGACAUCAAUGAGUGCUCCACCAGCCAGAACCCCUGCAAGUUCGGCUGCUCAAACACAGACGGCGGUUACCUCUGUGGAUGUCCCAAUGGGUACUUCCGUGCAGGACAAGGGCACUGCGUGACGGGUCUUGGCUUUACUAGCGGUGGCUCCAGCGGCGGAGAAGGAGGCGAGGCGGAUGAUAAUUCCCUGUCUCCUGAAGCCUGCUAUGAAUGUAAGAUCAAUGGUUAUCCCAAGAAGGGACGCAAACGUCGCAGCACCAACUCAACACAAGAGGAUCCUAUGGAAGACAACCAGCUGACUGAGGAGGUGGUAAGUCUGGCCAGUGUGGACAUCGAGGACACCCUGCAGCUCCACCUCAACAUCAGCGACCUGAGUAACCGCGACCACAUCCUCGAGUUCACCCCGGCCUUGUCCACCCUCAGCGAACACGUGCGCUACAGCAUCGACUAUGGAAAUGACGAUGGCUACUUCAAGAUCAACCAGAAAGAGGGCGUCAGCUACCUGCAUAUGAGCAAGAAGAAGGCCCUUCCCCCAGGGGCUUACGACCUGCAGAUUAGCAGCAUGCCCCUCUACAAGAAGAAGGAUCUGGCUGAGCUGGAGGACCAACACGAUAAAGACUACCUCACAGGACAGCUGGGAGACAUACUGAAGAUGAGGGUGCAGCUCAUCCUCCAUUAACCAUCACGAGACUGAGGCAGGCAGAUGUUGCCAGUGGCUGCUAAUCCAGGGUCAGGCUCACGCUCCCCGAGAAAAAAAAAAAAAAAAAAAAAAAAGGCCAAACAUGUCUGACUCUGGGUCAGUGGUUUAGGGGCAACUUCUACUUGCUCCGACAGGGAGAAGAGCUCGCCACCAAAGAGACAAGAAGGGGGGUGGGGGGAUGGGGGGGACCGUGUCAUUUGAUUGCCAAAGAUGAUUCUACAUAUCAUGCGUAUACAAUAUCUGUGGAAAACACCAGCUGAAUGAGGCCGUAUGACGCUUUUCAUUCCAAUGAAGAACGCAUCGCCCUGACACACGUGCACAGACAUGUGUGACGCACUAUUGAGAGUGUGAAUGGUUUUUAAUUGUGGGGUUUAAUGUUCUAUAAUGAUAUGUGGAAUCAGGUGCCGUCCGAAGGGCUUGUGGACUGCAGGAAGCUUGAAACGCUGAGUUUUUAUUUUUAUUUUAUUUUUGUUUAGAACUCAGCUUAGGUGGAAGAAAAGGGUGAGUCCCAAUAGUCUGCAAUAAAUUAAUUUCCUCCCCUCGUGGUCAACGACUGAACCAACCUGGACACACGGAAGUUAACACAUUUCUCCGUCCCCAUAGAUUAACUUAACAGAGCGGAGAUAAAAGAAAAAGAUUGAGAAUGGUCAGGAGAGGAAAGGAACCUACGCUGGACUAUUGAGAUGUAGCCAUGUCUGAGCUUGAAUGACUCCUACUGCAUAUUUAAACUACGCUUUUCCAUCUUUCCUACUGACUAGAAUAAUUCAUAUUUACUGGUGCUAGCAACACGCCCACAUAGACUUCUGAAUGCACUGUGCUACUAUACAAAACUCAGUAGUAAACAAGAUACAAUCCCGUCGGCCAUUCUGAAGGUUUCCUGUCUUUGCGACCGUUAACAGCUCGCUUCAUAGCCUGUCCGCUCUCCUCUAUACUACAUGUAAAUUGUGUUUAUACUGUAAUAAUCAAUGCCACUUUUAAUCUAUGAAGCAUUUGUAAACUAGAGGAAGCCCCUGGAAUAGAGGGGUUUGUAAUGGUGCUUAUAAUGACCAACUACUUCCUUUGUAAACUGUGUAUACAUACACACGCCUGCACACAUACACACAAACAAAAACACACAUUGAUGAUGCCAAACCUGGGCGUUCAUGAUUAUGCACUGAGGUCUGCGCGGCCACACAUUCUCUCACAAGUACAAUCAGUGCAGCAUUGCCAUGGACCAGCCUGACACCAGUCUGUGUUCCCUGUUCACAUCAGUGAGGGUUUAGUUGUAAAUUCACAAUAAAAACAUAUUUUUGGU